UAGGCAAAGAUAGUUUCUCUAGAGAGAAUCAUGCCUGCUAAUUACACGUGUACCGGGCCAGAUGGAGACAAUACAGAUUUUCGAUACUUUAUUUAUGCAGUGACAUACACUAUCAUUCUUGUGCCAGGUCUCAUAGGGAAUAUAUUAGCCCUGUGGGUAUUCUAUGGUUAUAUGAAAGAAACAAAACGAGCUGUGAUAUUUAUGAUAAACUUAGCCAUUGCUGACUUACUACAAGUUCUUUCCUUGCCACUGAGGAUCUUCUACUACUUGAAUCAUGACUGGCCAUUUGGGCCUGGUCUCUGCAUGUUCUGUUUCUACCUGAAGUAUGUCAACAUGUAUGCAAGCAUCUACUUCUUGGUCUGCAUCAGUGUGCGACGAUUUUGUUUUCUCAUGUACCCCUUUCGCUUCCAUGACUGCAAACAGAAAUAUGACCUGUACAUCAGCAUUGCUGGCUGGCUGAUCAUCUGCCUUGCCUGUGUACUCUUUCCACUCCUCAGAACCAGUGAUGAUACCCCUGGCAAUAGGACCAAAUGCUUUGUGGAUCUUCCUACCAGGAAUGUCAACCUGGCCCAGUCCGUUGUUAUGAUGACCAUUGGCGAGUUGGUUGGGUUUGUAACUCCGCUUCUGAUUGUCCUGUAUUGUACCUGGAAGACGGUUUUAUCACUGCAAGAUAAAUAUCCCAUGGCCCAAGAUCUUGGAGAGAAACAGAAAGCCUUGAAGAUGAUUCUAACCUGUGCAGGGGUAUUCCUCAUUUGCUUUGCACCUUAUCAUUUCAGUUUUCCUUUAGAUUUCCUGGUGAAGUCCAAUGAAAUUAAAAGCUGCCUAGCCAGAAGGGUGAUUCUAAUAUUUCAUUCUGUGGCAUUGUGUCUUGCUAGCCUGAAUUCAUGUCUUGACCCAGUCAUAUACUACUUUUCCACUAAUGAGUUCCGAAGACGGCUUUCAAGACAAGAUUUGCAUGACAGCAUCCAACUCCAUGCAAAAUCCUUUGUGAGUAACCAUACAGCUUCCACCAUGACAACUGAAUUAUGCUAAAACAAAAAACCAAACUGAAUGUGGCCUGAAAUGCAAGUAUAUCAGAACAUAUCUGCAAUACCCAAGCCACAGGGAAGAACUUGCAAAACAACACAGCUUUUCAAUUCUGCUCUAUCUUACUGCUAUGGGGAAUUCACUUCUUCAAAGCAGGACCUAUUUGGAGCAUUAUGAUCCACCAUUAUUGAUGUUGACAUGUCCAUGUAGUAAUUUUUCAUCAAGUCUGUAAAUCUUAAAAUAUCAAAUUUCUGUGACAUCCUAUAAACAUAUGCUCUCAACUGUAGUCAGUACUUUUAGCUGUGAACCUCAGGCACAAAACGAUUGUUAGCCUGGAGCCACCAUAAACAUUUAGUUUUGUUGCAACAGAUACUGAGUCUUUAUAUUCAGAGGAAAUGUAGGUGUCUUUUUAUAUUAGUAAUCACAGUUUACAUGCCAUUUUCAUAUGUUUGGUUAUAUUUUAGUGGGAUAGAUGGUAUAUUACCCUGUGUAAAGAAAAUGUAAACAUAAGAUCAUUUUUCUCUCUCAAGUGUGAUUACUCUUCAGAGUUUGAAGACUAAAAUAGCUAUAUUUCUUCAUUUUUGUGUCAACAUGAAGCAUCAUUUGUCACACCUGUUCACAGAAUGAGAAUCUGAUCUCAGGCCUCUGGCAUAUUUAAACUAAGAACAAUAUACAUAUUUACAUGCGAUAACCCUCUGUGACUGGAAAAGAUGCCGUGUUGCAUCUACCUAGGACAGGUAGUUUGUCAAAGUCCAUACAAGGUGACUCAAAUGGGCUCUAGGCCCAGGAGAAAGCAGAAAGGUGACAAUCACAAUUCUGCUCUCUUACACUUUUCUAAAGAACACUUCUGGAGAUGUAUGGACCCGCCUAGUAGAGGAAGUUUUUAUCAUGCUUCUAGAGAUACACUGAGGUAAUAUUGACAGGUUCCUGCACUUUCUGAGCCUAUGGAAGAAGUAGUGCACUAAUGAAUCAUUAAACCUGGGCCAGAGUGAAAAGAUGAAGCAAAGUUGGGUAAUCCUUUUAAAAUUCUCAUCACAUUGUAUUUCUUACUCUAAUACAAGGACACUUAGCUUAGACUGCCAAGUCACUUACACAAGCCAGAGUAAGUCUCUCUGCCCUAUCAUUGCAUACAUAUUACAGUCAGUCACAUGGACCCUAGAAUCCACAUUGAUUUUUUUUGGUCUAGCUUUGCCCCAGACAUACCAUCCUAAAGCCUCCAAAGCCUAGCUCUUAGCAGCUGGGGAAGGCAAUUAUUUCACCUCUUGAAAAAUGUAUAGAAGAUUAAUUUGGUCAGCCUUUGGCAACCAAUGGCCAAUGAUUUGCCUACUACCUGUUUGGUACUAUUGUGUGGGAAAUAGACCCAGGAUAUUAGUCUUAAUUAAAUCUUAGGUUGUAAGUAUUAGAAUAUUUUGAAACAUGUUUUAGCAAAAAGCUCUAACUUUAAGAAAGUUCUACUUAAAAUCUGUGUGCUAUAUAAUGAAGAUACCUUCUACAUCUCACAGAAGGAAUGUAGAACCCAAUCAAAGGCUUUAUCAUAUUUAGAGGAAAGGGGUUGUUUUAGGCAUACAGUUAUGAUACUAAUACAUUAGGGGAAAACUGGUGACAUCAAAAUGAAUUCUAAUAUCUAGACUGAUGGAAAGUUUUCUAAAGUUUUCUUUGGACGAGUGUUGAUUUUACACAUAUGUUGCUAUUAAGAUAAUACCCUAUUAAAAAACUGACUUUGUGCUGCUAGCAUCUAUGUGUCUCUUAACUAUUCAUUGUAAGGUAUAUGUUUUGAUGUGUUAAAUAAGUUUUCAAUAAGUGUUAGACUGUAUUUUAAAUAGGACAUCUAUAACUGUGUCUUGUCUCUUUGCUUUAAAGUGUCUUUUGUUUGACUAUAAUUUAGUGUUGCAAUAGGAUUGCAAGUAACAAUUUUGUGGAAUUGUGAAAUAACUGUGGGUAUUUUUAAUGUGAGAGUCUUAUCUAUACUAUUUGUGCUUACUAUUGUCUAGAUUAGCAUGAAUUACACUUCUUAAGGUCACUUUGGAAGAUGCUUGAUUUGAUUUAAUUAACAUAUUGAUUUCACUUUGACUAUUUUUUUAAAGAGGAAGGGAAAUAUUUUCAGGAGAUGUUUGACCUUCUUAGAUGAAUGGUUGAGGGUAGGGCCCAUUUGUUAGGCAGUCCAUUUACAUCAUUCCAAAAAAGGACCAGUAUUCAGUGUUAUGCUGCUUAGCUGAGGACACCCUUUUUCCCCAGGCCUGCCCAUCUACGUUUGUAUUCAGUGCUCUGAUUUACUUUAUUCACCCCUUAUCCCAUCAAUAUGUUUUGUCUCCUGCUUAAUUCCCUUGCUCUCCCAGGCAGCAACCUGAUCAAUUCAUUCACACCAUGGUGCUAAUAGCUAAUGUUAGGUUCAUAUUAAUUUACCCAGGAAUAUCUGAAUUCCAGGCUUUAGGACUAGGCAUUAAACCAAAGUGGUGACUUUCAAUGGAAGGCUAAUACAUACUGAAGCAGACAGACUGGAGGGAAAGAUAUUUUGAAUAAAGUGAGUCCUACAGCACUGCCUUUCAUAUUGCAUACAGUAAGCAAACACCUACUUUGGUUACCAUAAUGGGAAUGCUGACUUUUAAGAAAUUAAGAAAUGUAUCUAUGAACAUGGCUAUCAGUUUCUCAGAUGUCUGCUCAUCUUCUUUUCAUUUUGCCUCUCUCCUUUCCUACGUUGGGUCUGAUUUUCAGGGGAAAGUCUAAACUAGUAGCUUACUAAUUUAGGAGUACUGCUGCAGCUACGAUCCAGACAGCAGCCUCUUCUCUGAACUUCUCCAUUCCAUGGCUUAUCCAGACUUCUCAUUUAUCACUCUCUGGGUUCCAUGGAAUUGUGGUGCAAAGAGUAAACACCCUCAACCACAGUGAUGUAUACUUCAAGAUAAAUAAUUCCACAUUUCCUAUAUAAAGUUGUUGAAUUUUGAUUCAAAAAUGCAUAAGUAUUCCAAUAAGAAAAACUUUGAAUAUGUAGUGAUUUCUAUGUAAAAAUAUUGUUACUAUUAUUAUAUUCAAAUGAUUUAUAUGUUUUCAUUGUCACUCAGUUAAGCAGCCAAUUCUAUUAACUGGUAAUUCCACAAAGAGAAGCCGUCUGCCCCAGGAGCAACACACCAAGCUGCCUUGGUCUGAGAGGGUGCAUCUGUGGAACUCUUGCGCAACUUACAUUUUAAGUCACCUUUUGAUUUUACUCCCAAGAUACUGUGAAAAUGUUGCACUUGGAAUUUAUUUAUGGCUAUAACUUAUAAUAUUCAUUUUAAUAAUAAAGAUUGUCUUUGUAAUUACAUAGAAA